CAUAUUUUUUCACUUUUUGAAAGUGAGAAGGACCUGUUGUCAUUUGUAACCGUACAAUGCAAUUUUGAAAUCUGUGUAAUGGAACGUAAAAUAAUUCGUUCGUGCUCUCUGCUUGCUGUUGCUAUCGCGCUUGUAUUGUACUUGGUGAUAAAUUAAAAACUUGCCUUUGAUAGUUUAUUAAUGAAAAUUCUUGCAAAAUAGUUUAAAUGCGGUGAAUCAAAGUAUAACUUUUAAAAUACCAAGAAGAUAUUGUACGUUUGGUAGUUUAGUCUUUAUUCGAGUUGCGAUCGCACUUGUGAUUUAUAAAGUGGAAUCGUUACAAAAUAUUGCAAAAUGACUUCAGCACUUUAUUUGGAACAUUAUUUAGAUAGUCUCCAACAUCUGCCUAUAGAAUUACAAAGAAAUUUUAAAUUAAUGCGUGAUCUCGAUGACCGAGCUCACGGACUAAUGAGGACAAUCGAUCUUAUGGCCGACGAAUUAUUGCCGAAUAUUCCAAAAAUGGACGAUGAAACAAAAAAAGAGAAGGUGAACACUAUUCAGGGAUUAUUUAAUAAAGCUAAGGAGUAUGGGGACGAUAAAGUCCAACUGGCAAUUCAGACAUACGAGUUGGUAGAUAAGCACAUACGGCGCCUUGACUCUGACCUCGCACGCUUCGAAACUGAAAUUCAAGAGAAAGUAAUGAGUUCGCGUACAGCGCAACCUGGCGCGGACCCGGAAACUAAUACAACUACUGUAAAGAAGGGCAGAAAGAAGCAUAAGGCCAACGAAAAAGCAGCUGCGUCUACAGGUAAGAAAAAACGUGCGGGCGCCUCGAGUGAGGAUGACGCAGUAGCUAAUGGCAGAUCGGCAGCGAAGAAGAAAGUACAGAGGAAAGGUGCAACUACUGCUACAAAUGCUGUUAAGGAACAAGAAGAAAAUGCAGAUUUGGACUCUGUUGCUGGCAUGGCACAUCCGAGUGAUGUCCUCGACAUGCCUGUGGAUCCCAACGAGCCCACUUACUGCCUCUGCCACCAGGUGUCUUACGGAGAGAUGAUAGGGUGUGAUAACCCUGAUUGCCCCAUAGAGUGGUUCCAUUUUGCUUGUGUGGAUCUUAAAAUAAAGCCCAAAGGCAAAUGGUACUGUCCUAAAUGUACACAGGAUAGGAAGAAAAAAUGAUCCACAUCAAAACCUCCCCCUAAUAAAGCCGCAGAAAAGACUGUGCCUGUGAAGACAGAGGUGAAGUGACUGCCUAAAUAAUAAUAAGUUUUAAUUAAUAAGCACAUGGAUAAUUAAGAUUUAUUUAAUUAUUUAUAAUAUUAUUAUUUUUCCACCUUCUGUGAAAAAGAUUUUAUCCAUAAAUCCUAUGGUGUUGAAUGUUUAGCAUUUAUAAUAACUAACAAUUAUAGAAUUUUUAUUGGUUGAUUAAUGUUUUAAAAUGGAAAGCAAAUUGACUGAAAUGAGAGAGAAUUGAUAGUUAAUACAAUAGUGUUAGGAAUUGUAAAUAAUCAAAGAUUAUAUAAAUUAAGGAGUCACAAGUUCAGAGAUAUAUUAGAAAUGUAAUAAAUGAACUCUACAACUAAGGGAUGGCUAAGAUAGGGUGAAAUAAUUAUGUAAAUUUAAUCUAUUGGGUAAAUAUUUUACCUCAUUCCAGAACAGAGAAUAUGUAAAUGAACUGCUAAACUUUUUAUUGUAUUAAUAAAGUUAUAAUUUUUCUA